AUGGCGCCUUCCUUCUACGAGAGCGUCACCGACUUCCUCGACGAGGUCAACCACUACGCCUCGCCCAUCUCGAUUAUCAAGGGCGGUGUCGCUGCGCUGUUCGGUGCGUCGACGAUUGCGCCCCACGCGAUCCCCGGUUUCGAGGUCAAGCUCUCGCUCAGCAACACGUCUCUGAUCGGCGGUGUGCCUUGCAAGGGCCUGCGCAACGCGUUCCACCUCGAGCGCGAGUGGGACGAGCGCUCGUACGAGUACUACGACACAGAUGGCAAGGACCUGUCGGCCGAGGGCUGGGCCGUGCGCCUGCGUCACAAGGAGGACGAGGACUUUGAGAUGACGUACAAGAAGCGCUGGCGCGUGACGGACGGCAUCCACAAUGCGCUCGAGCAAGCUCGCGCCGAGGGUUUCGACUACGGUGAUAAGAACUACAAGGCCGAGAUCGACUGGAGCUACUCGAAGCAGACGCUGUCGAUGCAGAUCAAGAAGCGCCGCUCCAAGAAGGGAUACCGCCACACUGACAUGCCCGACGACGCGACUGGCCGCGCCUGGCUCCAGGAGGGCAUCCCCGGCAAGCUCGAGCACUGGAAGGAGCACAACUGGGGCAACGACAUUCUCGCCCAGACCCGCAAGCACGGCCCCGUCACGUCUACCGUCUGGGACGGGCGCUGGAAGGGUCGCGAAAUCGGCAUCGAGAUCCUCCCCGUUCGUGGAGAGGACGACCACCACCAGGACAUCUUUGCCGAGCUCUCGUUCAAGGUCAAGGACAUGGCCACCGCCAAGAAGCUUCGUGAGCAGAUGAUCGAAAAGCUCGACAAGGAGGGAUGGCUCGUUCACAACGACCACCUCAAGACUCGAGUCAUCCUCGACCGCUACUAG